GGACAGGUGUGUGAGGGGAAGGGGACGGAGUGGGGAGUGUGGAGUCCGCAGAUGGUGAACGCGCGCAUUCCUGCGCUUUCUGCCGCUCUCUCUCUCUCUCUCUCUCUGUGUCCAUCGGCACAGAGUAGACACCGGAUCUGUCCUUCCUCCACAGUCACUACACUCCACACCCACAGCCACAGUCCGGGGGACGCUUAAAAGGUUAAAGGUCGAUGCUGUUCGACUCUCUCUUUCUCGAGACAUCUCCAAUGUGAUGACUUCUGUUGGUUCUGCUUGGACGAGACGUGUUUGAAGAGACGUCCAGGCUGUGGGCUUGUCUCACCAUGAGGCCGGCCGGCUGCCUGCUCCUCACCGCCAUCUCCGCGCUGGCUGCCGCCACCUUCCCGGAUGACAGCGGACCCCUCAGCCACGCCUCGCCCGACUAUAUGAAGCAGUACACGGUCUUCACAGGACUCGGGCUUGGGGGGAGCGAGGAGCUGACGGAGAGACUGAGCAUUCAGCGGAUCCUCAGAGUCAACCGUACUCUCUUCAUCGGCAGCAGGGAUCAUCUGUACAGAGUGGACCUGGAUCUGCCUGUCAUGGACCAGAUGCUUUAUAACCAAAAACUAACGUGGAGAUCAAAUCAACACGACAUUGACAUCUGCAGGAUGAAAGGGCAAAGCCGAGGUACGUGUGCCGAGUGUCGGAACUUCGUCAAGGUGCUCCUGAGGAGGAAUAAGAACACUCUCUUCAUGUGCGGAACCAACGCUUUCAACCCAGUCUGCGCCAACUACUCAAUAGACACCAUGGAGCCUCUGGGGGACAGCAUCAGCGGGAUGGCCCGAUGUCCAUACGAUCCCAAACAAGCGAAUGUCGCCCUCUUCGCCGAUAAUAAGUUGUUCACAGGAACAGUCACCGAUUUCCUCGCCAUCGACGCCGUUAUUUACCGAAGCCUGGGCGAAAGCCCAACACUGAGGACAGUGAAGCACGACUCCAAGUGGUUCAGGGAACCGUAUUUCAUUCACGCCGUCGAGUACGGACACCACGUCUACUUCUUUUUCCGGGAAAUCGCCAUGGAAUUUAACUACCUAGAAAAGGUGGUCCUGUCCCGAGUUGCUCGCGUCUGCAAGAACGACAUGGGGGGCUCCCAGCGGGUCCUCGAGAAGCAGUGGACAUCCUUCCUGAAAGCCCGACUGAACUGCUCGGUGCCCGGAGAUUCCCACUUCUACUUCAACAUCCUGCAGGCCGUGACCGACAUUAUCCAGAUCAAUGGGCAUAGCAUCGUGCUGGCCAUCUUCUCUACCCCCUCCAACAGUAUUCCCGGCUCUGCCAUCUGUGCCUUCGACAUGGAGGAGAUCACCAGCGUCUUCACAAGGCAUUUCAAACAGCAGAAAUCCCCCGACUCCAUCUGGACACCGGUUCCCGAGGAGCUGGUACCAUCUCCCAGGCCCGGCUGCUGUGCAGGACCGGGGACAAAUUACAACUCGUCCAACGGGUUUUCCGAUGAGAUGCUAAACUUCGUGAAGACUCACCCCCUGAUGGAUGGCGCUGUGCCUUCACUCAGCCACAGGCCCUGGAUCAUAAAGACAACCAUAAGGGAUCGAUUGACUAAGAUUGUGGUGGACACAGAGGCCGGUCCCUUUAGGAAUCACACAGUGGUCUUCCUAGGCUCAGAAACUGGCACUAUCCUCAAGUUCCUCAUCAGACCCACAGCGAGCAUGAAUAUGGUGAAUCGGAGCCUGUUUAUCGAAGACUUUGAUGCCUACAACCCGGAAAUGUGUGACAGUGAUGGCCGGGAGAACAGAAAGAUCGUGGGGCUGGAGCUGGACAAGACCAGCGGGACUCUCCUCGUCGCCUUUUCCUCCUGCGUCAUGCGUGUAACAUACUCCCACUGCGAGCAACACGCCACAUGCAUGAAGAGCUGCAUUGGCACCCAGGACCCCUACUGCGGUUGGGUCGGAGACGGGACAUGUGCCUACUUGGAACCCGGAACCAGCCUGCCUUUUGAACAGGACGUGGAGUACGGAAACACCACCCAUCUGGGGGACUGCGAAGGCUUGUUCCACGAGAGCUUCGUCGAGGAACCGAAUGGCCUGGUGUCCGUCAACCUGCUGGUGGUGUCGGCCAUCGCCGCCUUCGUGAUCGGGGCGGUGGUCUCGGGCUUCAGCGUGUGCUGGUUCAUCGGCCACCGGGACAAAAAGGACACAGCGCGCAGGAAAGACAAGGAGACCAUCCUGGCUCACAGCGAGUCGGUGGUCAGUGUCAGCAAGCUGGGGGGCAUGGUGGAGCCGCGCAGGGCCGGGGGGCAGUCCGAGACCCUCCUGGCACCCCUGAUGCAGAACGGCUGGCCCAAGAACCAACUGAUCAGGACCAGCCAACACCACCUGGACUCUGCCGCUCUGCCCACGCCCGAGCAGACCCCUCUGCAGCAGAAACGCAGCGCGGCGGGGGGGAUGGUGGUGCUGGGUGGCCUGGACUGGGAGCAGAGCCUGAUCUCCUCCGCGGGCCUCAGGGGGGAGCAGCAGAUGGUGACGGGGCCUAUGAUCCUGGUGGAACCCGCGGCAAUGGCUGCCCAUCAUCACCACCUGGCCGGGAUCAGGGCAGUCCCCACCUCCCGCCAUUCCCCACAGUGGGAGCAGGACGACAACGAGCUGGUGAUGGAGAACCACUAUUACUCACACGGGGCGAGGGAGAACCUUGAGCACCCGCCCCCCAGCCGCCAUUACAGGUCCUCGCUGGGGGCCAACCCGGGCAGCGGCCACUCUUUUCUGGAAUAUUCCAUCGCGCCUCACGAUGACAGCUCCAAGCGGAGGAGAGGCGGCUCCACGCCGAUACUGGUUCACGAGGACUAUGUGGUGGAGGAUGAGUCCACCUGCUCCACGCAGUGGAAUUACGAGAAGGCCCCCGCACAGUUCCUGAGGAACCAGACUUUUCACAGAGGAGGAGGAGGAGGGGGGGAGAGGGAAAGGGAAAGCUCGGCGGGGCUCCACGCACAUCUCCAGGCCGAGCGACAGGGCUUCAACCCGAUAAAGAUGGCGGCAGUCGAACGGACACCUUUAGCGACAAAAUGA